ACCAUGUGCCGAUAACUGUUCAUAUUAUCGAUUACAGUCGCAGAAUAGUACAAAUUACAAUAUUAACUUAAAUUUUACUGCAUUUUCGUGAUGCUAUCGCCAGCGGAUCGUUUGGAGCACUAUAAAACCAGUUUGGAGCAGCAACUCAAGGAUUUGGCCACCACCAUAAGGAGUUACCUAUGCCUUAAAUCUGCGACGACACCUGAAUUGUCGAAUCAAGCGAAUCGGUUGUGGGAGUUGGGCCAACGAUAUCGACUGGUCGUCAAGGGUUCCAAUCAAGCAGCCACAGUUGCGCUACUUUCGGUGUGCCAUGAUGUUUACCGAAGCCUGCAGAACAGCAUAUCGAAACUGGUUCAUGAGCUGGUGCAGAUAUCCGCCCAAGUAACUGACUUCGAAACUGAAUGCCUGCACCUAAAUCACGAGCAGAACCAAACCAAAACACCGGCGGCCUUGACCGAAUUCAGAAAUUUCCUAGAGGAAUCGCUGAAACUGCUGCAGAACCAGGUCAAAUAUCUAGAGCUUCAUCUUAGCCAACUGCAACCCAAGUUUGCAGCACCCGAAUCCUCUUUGGAGGCCUUCAAAUCCGACCUCCACCUGCCGGAACCAGCAGAAGCACGUAUUACCCUCGGAUUGGCCAAAAUCGAAAGACUGUCCAGUUUCCCGCUGACUUUGUGAGGGGAAAAACAAAUUUGCUUUUGUUAAUCAGGCUAAUUUCUGAAAGAAUAUAGAAGUGUGCAUCUAGUGGUUUUAACUAUAAUUUCCUAUAAAAUGUAUAUUAACUAACUGA